CUCGUCACCGUCGUCAAUCGCCAAACCGAACUGGGAAUCCGCGACGUCAACAGCCCAGCAUGGUCCGCAAACUCAAGUAUCACGAGCAGAAGCUUCUGCGGAAGCACGACUUCAUCACAUACAAGCAGGAUGGCGACCACCGAGACGCCGCAGUGGUGCGCAGAUACAUGAUUCAGAAGCCUGAGGAUUAUCACAAAUACAACAGGCUAUGCGGCUCUAUCCGUCAACUGGCGCAUAGGAUCAGCCUGAUGCCUCCGGAAAACGCGGCCCGCCGAAAGCACGAGCAAUUGCUUCUCGACAAGCUGUACGACAUGGGUGUUCUUUCCUCGGCCUCGAAGCUCUCGGCCAUCGAGCACAAUGUCACAGUGAGCGCUUUUGCAAGACGACGGCUCCCCGUCGUCAUGACUCGCCUUCGCAUGGCCGAGACCGUACAGGCAGCAACGAAGCUCAUCGAACAGGGACAUGUUCGUGUGGGCACGGAAACAUGUGUCGAUCCCGCAUUCUUGGUUACCCGCAGCAUGGAGGACUUCGUUACAUGGACCGUGGGUAGCAAGGUCAAGAGAAACAUCAUGAAGUAUCGCGACAAGUUGGACGACUUCGAGCUGCUGUAGACGGGACGAUACACUUUCGGAUGACUGGCUUGCCGUCAUGGUGGGACUUGGCUUUGCGCAAUAAUUGAAGGUGUUAUGGAGUUAGGGGGGCUGGACAUGGAAAAAAAAACAAUCGACCUAUCGCAUUACGCAGAGUC